AUGGCCAUUCCGCUCGAGAUCCGCGUGAUCUACAUGAACGCCGACGGCAGCGCCCCCCUGCCCGGGACGAACCCGCAGCCACACGCGGACGGGAGGCCGGACAUGCUGUGGUGCGGCAACAAACCGACGGCGACCCUGGGGAAGGUGCGGCAAUGGGCGAUGGGGGAGCUGCAUCUUCCGGCCGACGCCCAUGUUGAGCUGUUCGGGGAGGUCAACAAAUUGCAGAACGAGGAGCUGGUGGUGGACGCCAUCAAGAAGCAACUUCUGCUCCUGGGCGACCGCGAUGUGGAGGAUCCCUGCUACGUACUGUACGCUUACGUAUAUCCACCAAAGAUCCCCGGGGAAAACCCGGAUGCAUUGAACAGUGCGGCAGGGAAAGCCGCGAGCAAUGUGGGACCUUUAGGGAUGCACAACGGUCCGCUGUUGCAGGCAGCAGCGGCCGCCGACGAGCGCAGUAUGUCUCCAGAGAGAAAGAAAGCUUGCCGUGGGAUUCCGGUAACGAAGCCGCCGUCACCAAAGAAAGCUGCACCGCUGGCGUCAUCGGCUGUUGGUAAUAUGCAACCUGAGAAACCGACCGCGUUAUCAUCGGCUACUGGUAGCGUUUCAUCUGGUAACGUGGCUGCUGCUAGUUUCCCGUUGAAGAACCCACUUCCAUCGCUUGGGAAUAGCGAUCCACCGGGCAAAGUGGCUGGUACCGUGCAACCCGCAAAACCUACUCUGCCUAUAGCAGCUCUUGGCACCGCCGCUUCUGGCAGCGUGGCAGUUAGUUUGCCGUCAAAGAACCCGCUACCACCGCUUGGGCAUACCGUUUCAUCUGGUAAGGUGGCUGCUGGUACCGUGCAGCUGGGGAAACCUGCUCUGCCGCCUAUAGCAGCUCUUGGAACUGCCGCAAGUGGUAACGUGGCAGCCGGUUUGCCGAAGAAACCACCACCACCGUCUGCUAACAGCGUUUCAUCCGGUAAAGUGGCCGCUGUUAACUUGCAACCCGCGAAACCUACUCUGCCUGUAGCAGCUCUUGGAACCACCGCAUCUGGCAACGUGGCUGGUGGUUUGCUGUCGAAGAAACCGCCACCACCGCUUGUUAAUAGCGUUUCAUCUGCUAAAGUGGCUGCUAGCGCCGUGCAACCUGGGAAACCUACUCUGCCGCCUGUAGCAGCUCCUGGUACCACCGCAACUGGUAAAGGGACUGUCGCUGGUUUGCCGUCGAAGAAAUCGCUACCACCGCAUGGGAAUAGCGCUUCAACUGGGGAAGUUGCUGCUGGUACCGUGCAACUGGAGAAGCCAGCGCUGCCACCGAUAGCAGCUCCUGGUACCGCCGCAUCGGGUAACGCGGCUACUGGUAACUUGCCACCGAAGAAGCGCACUCUACCGCCACCAGUGAUUAUUGAUGCCGUUCCAUUUGGUAACGUAGCUGGUGCUGGCACGCAACCAAAGAAAUCUUCAGCAUCCGUGCAUGCGGCCGCUAGUAUCUCGACAGCGGGUAACGUUCCUGCACGUGCUGAGGAGCCGACGCUGGAGGUGCCACCUAUACCGUCGUCCAGGGGUGUUGCCUGGGGACCGACGACUAUCGGGAACCCGCCACCGGCGUCCAAUGCGGCGGAUUUCUUAAAGAACGUCCUGCGCUCGAUCGGCAGCGACACGACCAGCAUCCAGUCCGUCGAGGUGACCAUCACGGUAGCCGACGGGCGCAAAGUGAAGGUGUCCGGAUUUAUGUAA